UUUUUUUUUUUUUAACCAAACAAAUUUGGUGAGUGAUUUUGAUAAUUAUGAGUGUGUUUGGUUUUUUAUCUUUACGAAAAUAUUUUAAUAAUGUGAAUUCUUGACGAAACACUUCUUCAUUUCCUGUUUAAUUCAACAUCAAAAUGUCCAACAAAGUAGUAUCGUAUUUCUUUAAUCCAGAUGUGGGUAAUUUCCACUAUGGACAAGGACAUCCUAUGAAGCCUCAUCGUCUCUCCGUGAUCAACAGUCUUGUCUUGAAUUAUGGUUUGUACAAAAAGAUGCAGAUAUAUAGGCCUUACAAAGCCAGCUCCCAUGAUAUGCUCAGAUUUCAUUCGGACGAAUACAUAGAAUUUCUGCAGAAGGUUACUCCUCAAAACAUUCAAACCUUCACCAAAGAUUUAUCCCAUUUCAAUGUUGGAGAUGACUGUCCUGUUUUUGAAGGAUUGUUUGAAUUCUGUUCUAUGUAUACUGGAGCAUCUUUAGAAGGUGCAACCAAAUUGAACAAUAAUUGCUGCGAUAUAGCUAUCAACUGGUCUGGAGGACUACAUCACGCCAAAAAAUCCGAAGCGUCGGGGUUUUGUUAUGUUAACGAUAUAGUAAUUGCCAUUUUAGAAUUACUGAAAUAUCAUCCGAGAGUAUUAUACAUUGAUAUUGACGUUCAUCAUGGUGACGGAGUUCAAGAAGCAUUUUAUUUGACUGAUCGUGUCAUGACAGUUUCUUUCCACAAAUUCGGUGGCUACUUUUUCCCAGGAACCGGAGAUAUGUAUGAGAUAGGCGCUGAAAGUGGCCGGUAUUAUUCUGUGAAUGUACCUUUGAAAGAAGGAAUCGAUGACACGAGUUAUGUUCAGGUUUUCAAACCAGUAAUUGAAUACGUCAUGCAGUUUUUCCAACCUACGGCGAUUGUUUUGCAAUGCGGAGCAGAUUCUUUAGAUAAUGAUCGAUUAGGUUGUUUUAGCCUAAGUACAAAAGGACAUGGUGAAUGUGUAAAAUUCGUUCGUGAUCUCAAUGUCCCACUUCUAGCUGUCGGUGGAGGAGGGUACACUUUACGUAAUGUCGCUAGAUGUUGGACCUACGAAACAAGUUUACUAAUUGAUGAAGACAUUGAUAAUAGAUUACCUAUGAACGAUUACUACGCCUACUUCGCGCCAGAUUUCAAACUUCACCCGGAAGUUGUUACUAGACAAGAAAAUGCUAAUUCCAAACAAUACCUGGAUCUAAUAGUGAAACAUGCCUACGAUAAUUUGAAAAUGAUUCAACAUUCUCCUAGUGUUCAAAUGCAUACUACUCCAGGAGAUCUUUUGCCUAAUUUUGAAUCUAAAAUGAUCGACGAUUUGGAUCCGGAUGUAAGAGUAUCUCAAUUAGAAGAAGAUAAACGAAUAGAUCCGCCUAAUGAAUUUUACGAUGAUGAGCAAGAUCAAGAUAAAAGUGUAGUCGUCGAGGAAAUAACGUGACAAAAACAAACAAUUUUAGGGAAUUGUUUUAUCGAAACUUGCAAACUAAGGCAGCAAAUCAUCUUCAAUAUUUUUUGAAAUAGAAAAAUUUCAGCGCUAGUAAAAAUGACUCUGUAUGCGAGACAGAAAUUUGCCUUCUUGUAAUAGAUAGACGAGUAUGUUACCAAUGCCCAGAUAUUUAUCGGAAAUACCUGUUUUACUGUAAUUAUUCAUCAUGAAAUAUUUCUCAAUUUUAAAUGACUACCUACAAAAAGUUUCAAUUUUUUCGAUUUACAUAUGUCCUUUUAUAUUUUUGUAUGAUGCAAUGAUUGUAAAUACAUUUUGUGUAUAAAAUUA